CAAUAUCUAACAUUGUUUACAUAAAUUCCUAACCUUUGCUAUGCGGUCGCGGAAUGUAGGUGAUAAUAUUGAUUACUGAAGCCGGCUAUUUGCUGCCGUUAAAUGAUAAUUGUGGGCAGUUGUUUUUAAUGAGUUACGGUGCGUGCCACAUCACGCACGGGUAUCAUGUCUUCUUUGUGGAUUUUAUUUCUUUUGCAAAUAUUAGUAACAGUUCAGUGUUUUAUUCAUCGAUAUCCUAAACUAAAUAUUGGUGAACCAGAUGGUGGAGAUGCCGGAACUCCUUUAUUUCUAACGCCAUACGUAGAAAGCGGUAAUAUUACUGAAGGCCGGCGACUUGCUAGAGUAUCUUUUACUGAAACCUUAGGUGUGAAAAGUUAUUCUGGAUUUUUUACGGUCAAUAAAGAAUAUGGCUCAAAUCAAUUUUUCUGGUACUUCCCAGCAAUGGUACCAAAGAACCAAGACGCACCUGUUAUUGUGUGGUUACAAGGUGGUCCCGGGGCAACGUCUCUUUUCGGUCUCUUCACAGAAAAUGGUCCUAUUAGAGUGAGAGACGGUAAAUUCGAAAAGCGUAAAUAUAACUGGGCGCUGGGCCACCAUGUUAUUUAUAUCGAUAAUCCUGUCGGCACAGGUUUUAGUUUCGUGAAGAAUCCCAAAGGCUACUGCACAAAUCAAACACAAGUCGGUGAAGAUUUAUAUUCGACGCUUAUUCAAUUUUUCCAACUAUUUCCUGAACUUCAGAAGAAUAAGUUCUUCAUAACCGGCGAGUCUUAUGCUGGAAAAUAUGUACCAGCAUUGGCUUACACUAUCCAUAAGAAAAAUCCUUCAGCUAAAAUAAAGAUUAAUUUAAAAGCUUUAGCUAUUGGCAAUGGCUUGAGUGACCCUGAACAUCAGGUGCUGUACAGUCAAUAUUUGUACCAAAUUGGAUUGAUAGAUUGGAAUCAGGUAAAGGUGUUUGAAGAAUAUGAAAAUAAAGUAACCGAUUUAAUUAAGCAGAAACAAUGGAUUCCUGCUUUUGAAGCCUUUGACACAUUAUUAAAUGGUGAUCUAAUUGAAGGCAAAAGCAUAUUUUACAACAUGACAGGAUUCGAAUUUUAUUUCAACUUCCUGCACACAAAAGAUUACUUUGUAAAGGAAGAUUUUGGUCCCAUGAUUCAGAAAUCUGCAGUCAGAAAGGCAAUACAUGUUGGUAAUCUUAAAUUCAAUGAUGGUAAAGAAGUUGAGAAUCAUCUCAAACAAGAUGUAAUGCAAUCGGUGGCUCCAUGGAUAUCUGAACUUCUGGAUCACUACUAUGUUCUUGUUUAUAAUGGGCAGAUUGAUAUUAUCGUUGCCUAUCCGUUAACCCUUAAUUACUUGAGAAAUCUCAAUUUUACUGGAGCAGAUGAAUAUAGGUCUGCUAAAAGGUAUCACUGGUUAGUAGAUAAUGAAUUGGCUGGUUAUGUGAAGCAAGGAGGCAAGUUGGUAGAAAUUAUGGUUCGAGAUGCAGGUCACAUGGUGCCUGGAGACCAGCCUAAGUGGGCUCUUGAUAUGAUCACUAGACUUACACAUGAAAAAACUUUUACUCAUAAGAAAUACAGGAGAUUUUAAGUAAUAAGCAUUUUGUAUGUUUUUGU